UGUGUAGUCCUAUGUCGUCAGUGCUAGUUGUACCUACGGCAGUCUGACAGUAUCAAGUGAACUGAUAAUCUUCUUCUUUUGUGGUCGCAUACCUUCAAAAAUGACGAGGGAGUAAACAUGACGAAGGGAUUUAUGUUUUAAGCUACAAACGCAAAGGAGAUGAAGACUGUUAUAACUGUGGAUUGAGAAGAAGAAAAGGGAUAUAUCAGCUCAAGGAUGGCCUACCCAAGCAUGCGCCGAACAAUUCAUGUGGUUUGCUACGGACUAAUGUCUGGGUUACUGCUUGCUUGUCUCAUUUUAUAUGACCGAGUAUAUGACUUGCCUAUCAUGCUUCAAAUGGAUACCAGGGUUGUCCCCACUAAAAUAAAUCACACGUUACGUAAGGAAGUACAGAUCUGUAGCAUCCCAAACUUAUAUCCGUUCUCACCUGAUGUUUACAGUUUAAUUCGUAUACGUAAAUAUCAUCCGUGUCAACACUGGAACCUUAUUACAUAUCAGAAAGGUUUAAAAGUGAUUGUUAACAAAACGGUUAUCAGUAAAUAUUACCCGAACUUCUCAAGAUGUUCAUAUCGGCCGUAUGUUAAGAGAAUCAACCAUCACAAUGAAAUUAAGUUGCUCAAAAAUAAAUUCAUGAAUUUUACCGAAUCUAUCAAAGUCACUGAUGAAUUUUGUGUUGUUGUUUGCUUCAAUAUAAAAGACAAAAUUCUUACUCGGGAACAGCAUGCCUUUGUGAUCAGAAACGAAACUUUAAUCAAGUUAAGACAGAGAAACAGAAAUGCUACCAAAGGCGAGACCCUGUCGAGGAAAAGACCACUGGAUGUUGUAAUGAUUGGUCUAGAGUCAACAUCGCGUAUGAAUUUCAUCCGUCAUAUGGAUUUUACAAGAAAUUUCCUUAGGAAGAAAAUGGCGGCCGUGGAACUGAAAGGGUAUAACAAAUUGGGGAAAAAUACAUUUCCUAACAUAAUUCCAAUGAUGUUAGGUAUCCCAGUACAGGAAAUGAACGACAGCCUCAUGUUCUAUGACAACUAUCCGUUUAUCUGGAAGGACUUUAAGAAGGCUGGCUACGUUACCCUGAUGGGCCAGGAUGGGACUUCAAUGGCUGUAUAUCAUUACCUACGUAAGGGGUUUAGACAGGCCCCUGUCGACUACUACAUGCGGCCCUAUAUAUUGGGGAUGGAGAGAACUAACAGCGACGGACUCUGUUCGGGAAACAAACUGAUACUACAAGGCAUAUUUGAUAAAUUAGCAGAUUUUAUUACAACAUACCAUGACGUUCCUAAGUUUACCUUCACGUUUAUCAAUGAUCCGACACACAGCAGCCCUAAUGGACUAGGUAUAGUAGAUCUGCCUCUAAAACGGACACUGUCAGACCUUCACACACGUGGUCUACUCAACAAUACCCUACUACUAAUAUUUGGUGAUCAUGGAAGCAGAUAUGGGCCAAUUAGGAAAUCAUUUCAGGGUCGACUUGAAGAAAGCUUACCAGCUUUUUACGUUUCUCUUCCGCGUUGGUUUCGUGAAGAACACAGCGAUUUAUAUGAAAAUCUGAAAGAAAAUCGAGAUAAAUUAACCAGUAAUGUUGAUGUUUAUGCUACCCUUCAUGACAUAAUAGAGCUUGGCAAAGGUCACGUGACGCCACGGGUCACUGGAAAAUACGGAACCAGUUUGCUUAGGAACAUCAGUAGAGGUCGAACGUGUGCCGAUUUAAAAAUACCGCCUAACUAUUGUAUGUGUCAAUCAUCCAACUAUUCCUAUUCAAAUAAAUCUAAGAUAGCCUACAAUAUUUCACAGCGGGUCGUCAAAGAAAUAAACAUCAUGCUUCUAAACGUGUCUCAUUUAUGUACAAAUUUAACUCUCAGCACAAUUCGUCACGUAUGGAGUCUAGGACGCCGAUUUAAAAACGAAGUGAAACACUUUUCUACUAAGAUCUACUUUGUUGUACAGUUUACUGUUUUACCGAGCCACGCUGACUUCGAGGCAACAGUUCGAUAUUUCAAGGGAGAAUUUUCUCUUAUUGGUGAUAUAUUACGUACAAACAAGUAUGCCGGGCAGUCUGACUGCGUCUUACGUCAUAAGAAUGCUAUUGUUCUGGAGAGAUAUUGUUAUUGUCGUAAAUAAAUUGAUAUCUUGAAGGAAAUAUGUAACCAGGUUUCUAGUACAUGUAACAGGAGAGGUGCAAAUGUAGCGGUCAGACCGGGUUCGAACCCGGGACCUCCGAACACUAGCCGGAUGCUCUACCAAUUGAGCUACCUGGUCACCGAUGAUCGACCCAGUCCAGUCCCGCUACAUUUCAGCUAACUAUUGACUAUCCUUGUGUCAGAGAAGACUCAUAUAGUUUGAGAUAUGAUAUAUUUAGUUAAUAAAAAAAACGUUAUUGAGAGACUGGCGGUUUCUGUGGAUCUGUUCCGGAAACCAUACCUGGUAAUUAAGAAUGCAUAACAUCGUUCAUACAUACAUACGGAAUUAUGCUUUAGAAUUUGCAUUUCCGCUCCUGCUUUUGUUGUUGGAACUUUAAUUCAGUGUACAUCCAUU